AUGUAUCCUCAUUUUCCUGAAAUGGAGCCUCGCCUAGACAUAGGCCAAUUUCCCACUUCGUCCUCCCAUAUUCAUCCGCACCCGCACCCGCUAUUCACCCGCCAGGAGAAUAUGAACUCCAAUCCAAACCCGAACCGCUCUUUAGACCCGCACGUUCUCUCCUCCCAUCACACCGUAUACCAUACACCUACAUCUUAUUCCAAUGCUCAAGACCAUAUUCAUCCUCCUGCUUCGACUCACGCAUGGCCUCUUUACGACCAUCAGGUUUCACAGGAAUAUUCCCAACCAAACCAUGGUCUCACCUCAGUUUCUUACAACCACAACCCCGCAGGAUAUCCAAGCACUUCUCCAUUUCCGGCUACAAGGCUUUCACCACCUCCACUGCAUGUCCAGUUCAAAGGGAGCAGUAGCGUCAGUACCCCGGCAACCGGGCUGAACCACCGUCCAGUCCUCGCAGGUUCACUGGACCCCACGACAGGCAUUUUCUAUCGAACACCUGAGCACCCAAGGCUACGAACAGCCCAGGCAUGCGAGAAAUGUCGCACGAGGAAAGCUAAAUGUAGUGGCGAGCAUCCGUCUUGCAAGCGAUGUCUCACUCGCGGUCUGGCUUGUGAAUACGCAAAAGAAGGACGAGUCCGUGGACCCAACAAACCAAAGCCCGGAAAGAACACUGGGAACGUCGUUUCAACCUCUAAGAAGAGCAAUUCCAUCUCCAACGACAAUCCUGCGGACACCUCUUCAGCAAAUUUAAACCAUUUUCAGGACGCUGCAAAACUACCUCCUCGUCCCCGUGCGGCAAGUGCCCACAGUAAUAGCAGUGGGUCUUCAGAACACUUCCCAGAUCGCUUGUUAAGCUCCACGGCAGUGCGACACUCACUUGGGACAUCUGAAAUUGAAGGUUCUAUAUCUCCUAUCUUCCCGAACGAUGCAAGAGGAAAUAGCGGCCCUGAUUACAGGUAUACGAGGCGCGAUUCGCUUUCUAUGAGCGAGCACCGUUCGUCCCGUCCCCGUCCUCCAGAUUUGCAUCUUGACAGCACAUCGAAUUUGUUCCGCCUGACUGGGGGGAUCGCGGAGAAGCCUUCUGACGCAACGGCGAGAGAGGUGUCUUCUUGCAUGGGAGGGCUAGUGGUUUCUUCGUCAUUCCAGCGGCAGCCACAGCAGCAUGAUCACUUGCAUCAUUAUCACUCACCGACCCGGGAAACUCCAUUCUCUGGUGACAAAGGAGAUCACGUAACCCAGCAUCCAUCCCACCACCAUGAGUUCGCGCCACAGGUAAAUCAGCCGCAGAUACUAGAGUUUCAGCGGAGUGGCGUCUAUGUGCAUAGUCAUCGGGAUGCAGCGACCUACAAUGACACAGGCAACACUGAAAUGCUGAACCUCAAUAACUCACAAAUGGGGGGCGACGUUUCCGAGGAAUUUCUAUAUCCUGCGCAGGCUGAGGCAUAUGUGUCUGUGUCAGAGCAGAACCAACGUUUCCAGCGGCCGGUUUAUGAAAGGAGAGGGAGUAGCAGGGAAUGUGAAGGGACUCCCAUGGCAGUCGACGAACCCUUUGUCCUCUCCACCUCUUGGUUCCGCUGA